CGCGAGGGGCGGAGUCUGGGCGGUGUGGGCAGGAGGGACCGCCAGAGGCCCCCCCCCCCUCGCCCCUCCUCGGCCUCGCAGCGGUUUGGGGGGCUGUCCCGAGCCCUUUGUGUGCAGUCGGGGCUGUCCAACCAAAGAAAUAGGUGGCUUGCCUCCUAACUGUCGUAGAGGCCGGAAGGACUGGCAUUCCGCGAUGAAAAAGAGAGCCGAGCCCGGAGGGAAGGGGACCGCUCCACCCACGUGGGUAUUCAGCUGGGCAAACCUUACCGAACACCUACUGCGCGCUGCCCAAGCCCGGGGUAUGCAGGGUUGAGUAAGACAGUCUGAGCACGGAGAGGAACCGCCGAGAUGCGCACGGGAACGAGGCGACGACAGUGAAAAGCCACCAGUUUGAGAAGUGCGGGGCGGACAGUGAGACUGCCUAGGGGGUCCGGGAUAUGGUUUUGAAGGACAGAAAGUUCGUUCACAUGCAUUGGGCAGAGAGAAGGAAGAAGGAACAGCAAAGGGGAGACAGACGGAUGUGGUCAGUGACAAAUGAAGAAUGCAUAGUUGGAGAAUUCAGGACAUGACAUGUUUGAUUUCAGGUGAUCUUCCCGAGGGCAAGGAUUCGGCGGGUUGUACUGAAUCACUGGCACCCAGCGCAGGGCUAGCACCCGGCACGACAUCAUACGUUCUUUGUGAAUUAUGUCCUCAGUUCCUCCCUGGGACACAGCGUCCACCUCUACACGGGAAUGCGAAGAGACAGCACGGGCACACAGGUAGGCGCUUUCCCAGCAAACGCGUGUUUGUCGAGCCGGGUAUUUUUGCGCCGUCCCCCAAGCUCUCCCCAGCGUGCUGGCGUCUGGCCAGGCUCUGUCCCGCGGGACAAGGGCUCUCCGCGUCGGGGACCCCCGAGCCCCUGACCCCCGGGCCCCCCCGGCAAGCGGCGCGUCGAGCCCGCCCCACCGUGUUUGCGGACGUCCCGCAACCGUCCGCCGCACCAAGCCUCGGACCCGAGGGCUGUGUUUACGGCCGGAAAAGCACGUUUAGUCGUAAAGCACUUCGCCGCCGAAGCGCUCUGACGAACGUUACGCCGUUGGGUUCUCAAAAGGCACAGAUGGAAUCGGAAUCUCUGGUCCUUUCAUGGCUUCAGCGAGGAGCCUCUUCCUGGGACUCUCUAGGCUUCGACCGCUUUUCAGUGGCUCUUCCGGUUUCUCUGCUCGCACUGUUCCCGCCUCUUCCCCUCGCCCGUCGGGCGUUUGACGAGCUCUCGCGAGACUGAGGCCUCUUUCUAGGCCGGCGCUCUCA